AUGCCGGAAUACAAAAGUGCAGACACACAAAAGUCCCUGUCCUUGGACCUCGAUUACUGGCUCACCGAGGAUGGGUUUUUCGACCUAGAGGAUACAGAGUCUAUGGAGGAUGAUGACAGUUUUUGGGAUGAGUACCUGGAUGAGGAUGAGGAUGAGAAAACACUUUUGCCAAUGUAUCCAUUUAAAGAUUCAUUUGUGGAAGAGGAAGUGUAUCUAAAAGAAAAGGAGUUUCAGAAGCAUCUGCAAAAGGGCUCGGAUAGCUUCAUUCAAGGAACCAUUUUGAACACCUUAAUGAAUGAUACUUUUGACAGGAACCAAGAGGAAACCCUUGAAUCUAUUUCCAGCACCUAUGACUCCAUGUUUAUGGAGAUACUCAAUGAGCUGGCAGUCCAUCACAAACUGGAAGAGGACUUGGACAUGCCCCAGAGUAAGAUCAUGGAGAGCAACAGUAAAAGGAAGCUGGGAAUCUUGUUGAAAAAAAGUUUUGAAAAAUACAGACAAACACUUUUAUGGAUUGUGAAAAAACGUAGAGGUCAGAAGCUGCCAGACAGCACCACCACUACAUUCAUGAUAUCGGAUAUACUGGCGACUGAGAAAGCUGAGGCAGAAAGACUCUUAGAGCGCUCUGCUCUCCAGAGGAGAUUAGUACCAGACAAAGAAUGGAUACAGACAGCGCUGAAGGAACAUGAAGGUGACGGACAAUCAAUUCCCUACCAUAGUGGGAUACCCUUCAACAUUUUUUUUCCUGAUGGCACAGGUCAAAUAUACUAUCCGUCAGGGAACCUGGCUCUUCUCAUCUCCUACAGUUCAGUCACAAAGGUGACGUAUAUUGUUCUGGAAGACUGUGUAGAUACAAAGAUCCGAGGCUUUGCCAACAGUUCUGGCCAUGUCACCUUCAACGACGAGACGGGAAAGCUAUGGUUGAGCCUGAGCAAAAUCCUAGGCUACUACUUCCCUAUAAACAAGCCUCAUAAGGCCUGGAACUGGUGGAACCUGAGCUUGCAUGUUCAUGCGCCCCCUGUGGCAUGCAUCACUCUGAAACUCAACAAGUACAUCCACAUAGAAGUAAAGAACCAGGACACAGUCAUGUUCUACUUCUGCAGCCCCAAACAGAAGCGGAUUUGUUUUAACAUGGGCGCCAGGUUCAAGUCAGUAAGACCGAAAAUACUUCAAGCCAUGAAGAGGAAGUCAGUCCUGGAGACAGACCCCCGCCCAAUGUCAUGGAAGAUCCAAGCCCUUCUGGGAAAAAUAAGUAGGCAGCUGAGUCUCUCCACCCUGUCUGAGUUGGAAGACUUCAUAGCAGUCACCCAGGUGGCACUCGAGGACCUCAAUGCAAAGAAAUCAAGAAUCUGGUCCUAG